AUGAUAAGAAGCACAUAUUUGAAGUACACCUAUAAAUAUAGAAAUAUUAAAAAUGUAAAAGAAAAAGUUGCUGAUAUAUAUUCCUUUGGUAAGAAUAAUUGUACACUUGUAGAAAAGAAAAAAUAUGAUGUGAAUUGUUGUAAAAAUAUUCAAGAUAUUAAGAAUGAAAAGGAUUUAGAAUAUUUUUUUUAUAACUAUGACAAAACAAAUAUAGAUGAUGUAUUCAAUGAUUAUAAAUAUUUAAUUAAUUGUAAGAAUCAUCAGAAAGAAUGUUCAAGGAAGGAGAUGUUCGAAAAAGCUUAUAUAAUAAAAUAUGUAUCAAGUAACGUUCAGCUUUUUCAUUUUAUAAAGUCUAAAAAUAUAUUCCAUGAAAAUAAACCACCUGUACAAGGUGACAGUAAUAAUAAUAAUAAUAAUAAUAAUAAUAUUAAAAAUUUUGGUGAUUUUAAUAAUAAUCAUUGUAACAUCUCUAAGCAUACGAAUAGAUAUUGUGGUGAUCCAAAAUAUGGACAACAAAAUAUGUAUUACAUACAUAAUAUUGAAAAGGCCAAAAUAAACAAAGAAGAGAUACUUAAAAAUAAAGAUAAAAAUAAAUGUUUAGAAUAUGUUUUUGAUAAUGAUGUAUAUAAAUUUAUUACGCAUAUAAAAAAAUGUGAUAUAUGGAAUUAUAAAGAUAAAAUUGUUCAUAAAAAUUAUAUCCAUUAUCAUAUAUUUUUUCCAAUUACUUAUAUGGAUAUAGAAAAAAAAGAAAAUUGUAAAAUGAAUACACAAAAUGUUUCUUAUUAUAUAAAUAGUAAUAUAUUUCUUCAUGAUAUCUAUAGAUAUAAUAAAGAUAUAUUUAUAGAUAUAAUAAAAAAAAUGAAUUACAAGUUAUUAAAUUCUCAAGAAAUUAAAAAUUUAUUAAUUAUAUUAACUUUAUUACAUCACAAUAAUAUAUCCUUUUCUACAGAAAAAAAUAAUAUCAUAAAAAAUAAUAAUCAUGAUAAUACAAAUAACAAAAUUAUUUAUAAAAAUAAAGAAUAUAUAAAUAAACGAAUAUUUAUGGACAUGUUUACAAAUAUUUACAGAACCAUUUGUUCAAAAAGAAAUUAUAUAUCUUUUAUAUAUUUAUAUGAUUAUCUUUUAAUAAUGACCCUUAAUGAAAUUAAGAAUAAAGAGUACUAUAUAAGUAUAGUAGAAACAUUGUCGAAUUAUAUGAACCUGAUAAACAAAAUUACAAACAAUAAUAAUAAUAAUAAUAAUAAUAAUGAUAAUAAUAAUAAUAUUGGGGAUAAUCAUAACAAUGAAAAUAUUAUUUAUAAUAAUAAUAAUAUUGGGGAUAAUCAUAACAAUGAAAAUAUUAUUUAUAAUAAUAAUUGUGAUAAUAUCCUCGGGAGCAAUUCAUAUAACAUUUAUCAUAAUGAUGAAAAUAAUACAAAACAAACAUACAACAAGAUUAAUGAACACAAUAAAAAUUAUCCACAAAUAGAAAUCAAUCUUGAUCACGUAAUUACAAAUUCUUUAAAUGAAUCACACACAUGUAAUAUUGAAAAUAUUAAAAGAGAUCAAAAUGAUAAUCAUAAUAAUUUUAUUAAUCCAGAUAAUAUAUAUGAUGAUGAUAAUAAAAAUUUUUAUGAUAUUUCACAACAUGAUUAUUUAAAAAACGGAGAAGUACCAAUUAAUAAUAAUACUUCAAUUAUAACAAAUAUAAUAGAUUAUGAAAAUAAAAGUAUUCAACUUAGUAAGAGAAAUUAUUUUUAUUUACAAAAGAAAUUAUAUACAAUUAAAAAUAUAAUAAUAUCAAAAAUAUUGUUAAUAUAUAUUAUGAAAUAUAUAUUUGGUCAUAUUGAUAAUAAUAUAUUAUAUGCACACUCUGAUUUAAUAUGUGAAAAUUUACAAUUAAUUCCUCCUUUACUAGUUACAAAUUUCAUAUUUACAAUUGGAACUUGUAAAUAUAUUGAUGAAUUUUGUAUGUUUAUGCUAGCCAAAUAUGUUCAAAAUAAUAUACAAAAGUAUACAUGUAAUGAAAUUAGUAUUAUCGUCAAUACAUAUGCUGAUGCUUCAUUAGAAGAUGUAAGUUUUUAUGAAACCAUUUGUGAUUAUAUGAAAUGUCAUUUUAAUAAAUUUUCUUCUAUAGAUAUUAUUAAAAUUAUUUAUGCAUUCUCAAAAGUAAGAAUACGUGAUAUAGAAUUAUUAAAAAUGUCUUAUGAAAAAAUUAACCAUUAUUUAAUCGAAAGAGAAAAAAAAUUUGAUAUUAGUGUACAACUGAAAAUGAUCGAUUUAAAAAAAAAAAAGGAAAACAGAAAGUAUAUACAAUCACAAAAUUAUUUAAAAGUAAACAAAAAUGUUAAUAAUGAACAAAAUUAUUAUCAUAAUAAUGUGUGUAAUAACAAUACAAAUAUAUUAAAAAACAAAGAGAACAUUAAAAAAAAUAAUUAUAUAAUUAACAAAUAUCUAUGUGCAUAUGCUUUAAUUGCAGCAGGGAAAUUAGAUUAUGUUGAAAAUGUAGAUAAAUUAUUUGUACAUUUAAAAGAAAAUAUAAUAAAUGAUGGUAUUGACAUAAGAGGAAUUUUAUGGAUGCCUAUAGCAAUUACAAGCUUUUUAAGUUCCCAAUGUAUAUUUAAUUUCUUACCAAUAUAUAUCAAUUUAAUAAGUCAAGCUUUUAAAAAAACACAAUCACCCAAAUUACUCUCUUUAUUAAUAAGAAGACAUAAUAUAUUAUUACAUACAAUCGAAACAGAUAUUAUACCUAAAAAAUAUAUAGAUCAAAGAACUUUAAAUAAUCUUUAUCAUAUAUGUAAAAGUAAAAAAGAUAAUUCAAAAGAAAAACUAUUUGUUCCAGAUAGUUCAACAUUCCAUAUUGAAGUUUCCAAUGCAUUGUUAUCAUUAGAUAUACCACACCAAAAAGAAGUUAACAUUUAUCCCUUUACAAUUGAUAUAUAUAUUCAAACAUCACAAAAUCGAAGUCAACAACAACUCAAAAAGGAUAAUUCAUAUGCAGAAUAUCAUUUAAAUCAACAUAAUCUGCACACGAAAAUUAACAAAAGUAAUACAUUCACCUAUGAACACGAUACCAAUUUUGAGCAAACAUUUGAAAACAAAAAGGUCAAACAUAAAUCUAAGAAUAAAAAUGAGGUAUAUACGGAAAUUCCCUUUAUGUAA